CAUUUUUCAAGCUCUGAUCUGCAGCGUUUUCCCACCGCAGAGCUCAAUUUGUAUUUCUGUCACCAGUAAAAAAUAACUUCCCAGGGCCCACAGAAGAAAUGGAAUUAUGUCUGCUUAGCGUUAUUUGCAUUGACUGAAAAUUGCUUUUUUUAAAUAUAUUUUUGUUUAUAAACAUAUAAUUAUUGAUAUAUGUCCAAUGUUUUCCAGCAACAUAUGUAUCUUCUAUACAAGCAGCUUAAUGGAGCCCCUUCUCGACAUACAUUAUUUUUGUCCUAUUUAUAUUUUCCAAAAAACAGGACUAAGUGAGUGAAUCUUGGAGUUAUAUUCAUCAGGCGACAGAAAAACGUGACAAAUUCCGAUGUUGCUUUCCAGUGUCUUUAACCUGCAUUAUAUCUAAUGGCCAGCAGGGGGCGACUCCACUGGCUGCAAAUAAAGAAGUCUAUGAGAAUUGAGAUUGAAAAUGAUUGUAUUGAAGUCUAUGAGAAAAUGACCCUACUUCUCACUUGAUUUAUCACCUCAUGAAACAUUCUCAUAAAGAGUUUAUGGCCUCAAUUUUUUAGUUCAAAGUCUUCUAAAAGCAUGAUGAUGCUCACUUUAUGAAUAUAGGUCCCCUUUAGAGUAAGAUAGACGGCAAAUGUUUUAGGGCGUGGCUACCUUGUGGUUGACCUAUUGCUCCCAUUGCAGCCUGUCUAUUUCUUUGAACUUUGAUCUUUCCACAGUCUGUUUUAAAAGUUCAUUAUAACAUUUUGGUCGCCUUGGUCAACAUUCAGUUGGACCAACAUUUUUUUUCUCCAGGUAAGUACUUUUUCUUUUUUUCCCUUUUUAAAAAAAAAAAAAAAAAAAAGCAUGUUUAACACUAGCUACAAUUAGCAUCCCAAUUAAUAUCACAGACAUGAACUACAGGUGCAUCUUGUGUCUACAAAUCUACAAAAUUAAAACACUGCUUACAUAGAUGCAUCAAUAAUAAUCUAAUAAUAUAUUUAUACUAUAUAAAACAAUCUGAGUGGGUCCGUUCUGCACAACUAGUACUUUUACUGUUGAUACUUUUAGGUACAUUUUGAUGCUGAUACUUUUGUACUUUAACUUAAUUAAGUUGUGAAUGCAGGACUUUUACUUGUAGUGGAGUCAUUUUAAAAUGUGGUAUUAGUACUCUAACUGAAGGAAGAGAUCUGAUUACUUCUUCCACCACUGCCAAUGAUUUGGUGACGGUAAUCUUGGGUUAUUUAAUUAGGAUUGAGUUAUAAUUUGUAGCUUUUUAACAGCAACAUUCAUAUUUUAAAGUGUUACCAACUGUUGUGUGAGUCUUGAUUUGAGGGGCGGAAGCGUACAGCCACAAGGCCGUAAUUGUAAUUAUAACCAGAUAAGUUUGAAUCAUAAUUAAAUGUCUAAACAUUGACUGGGAUUAGAAUAUGUUUAGGGUUUGGACUGUAGAUUGAGAUUAAAAUGAGUAAGGAUUAAUGAGAAUUAAAAUAAUCAUCAGUUUUAUAAACUCCAUAAAUCCAUUAACAAACAGGAUUCAAACUGCAUCAGUGAAGUCACUUAUUGCCUUAAAAGAUGCAUUUUAUAUUAACGAUAAAUCAGCUUUAAAGGCUCUGCUGCCCGGCAACGAGAUGUCAGCGAGAACAAGUGGCGUCAGCGUUUCUAAUGUCAUUACCACGUCGUUUUGAUGAUCAAGUUCCGCUUUAAUUGAAUUUUUCCUUCUCAGUUGAUGUGGGCUGCUCUUCAUGUGUUACAGUAGACGUCUGUUUUGUAACAGCAGACAGCCACCCGUCCUUUAGUCACCAGUGUGAAAUAAGUUGUAAAUUCACAUUAUGUGUCCCUUCAGAUGGAUGAAUCCGCUCCACCUGCCUUUGCCUUACUUUUAUUAUCUGUUACCUUCAAUCUCACCUACCUCCAGAGUCAAACCGAGGCCUGAUGUAUAGUCCUGCACGCCCUCUCUCCUCUGUCAACCAAUUCCAACGUUAGUCCCUGCUGUCCGCUGUGGGAGGGGUUUCUCAUUUCACACAGGUCAUUCAUUCAGCCCGACCCUUGGCAGCUCAAAUCACAGGAUCACACACAGUCUUCGUCUUCUCACAGCUACAGAUAUGAUGCUUGUUGCUUUUCUCCUCCUCCUCGUCUUCACAGGCGGGUCGUCCUCUAACAAAGUGUGCAGUUAUCAGGAUGUGUUGGACCACCUGAACCUGACCGCAGAUAACAGCGUGUUUAAACUGACCCGGCCCGUUCUGGACCACACACACCCCACCGUGGUGGAGCUGGACAUCAUCCUGUACGCCGUCCUGGCUGUGACUGAGAAGACACAAACUUUUAUUCCUUUCGUCUGGGCAACAGUGAUGUGGAACAAUGAACGCAUCUCCUGGGACCCGGAUCAGUUCUGUGGAAUCACUCACGUUUCAGUUCCUAGAGGACUUCUCUGGAGACCGGACCUCUUUAUCUAUGAGAUGACGCAGAAGGACGACUCCCCUCUGAAUCCGUACAUGUUCGUGUCCCACGAUGGGAAGGUCAUAUCUGAGGAGGACAUGAAGGUUGUCAGCACCUGUAAGAUGGACGUCCACAAGUUCCCCUUUGACACGCAGAGAUGCAACAUCACCAUCGGAUCUGCGAUUCACUGCGUCGAUGAGAUUCGUCUCCUUCCUUUCUCCAACUCGUCUCGAGCCACGCAGUUUUCCCGAGAGGUGAUGAAGACUCAGGGAGAGUGGGAGUUCCUCCAGCUGUCUGUCGACAGCUACAACUUCAGCUUCGACCACAGACAGUGGGAGCAGCUCGUCUACACAUUCACCAUAAGGCGCAGGCCUCUCCUUCACGUCAUCAACUUCCUGCUGCCCAUCCUGUUCUUCCUGAGUCUGGACCUCGCCUCCUUCUUCAUCGCAGACCACCGCGGAGAGAAACUGGGCUUCAAAGUCACCGUGCUGCUGGCCAUCUCCGUCCUGCUGCUCAUCCUCAACGACAUCCUGCCUUCCAUGUCCAACAGGACGCCGCUCAUAGCGACCUACUGCAUCGUGAUCUUCGGCCUGAUGCUGCUCAGCCUGCUGGAGACGAUUCUGGUGACGUAUCUCAUGGAGAAAGACUCCCAGGAGAAGCUCCGGCUGAGGGACAACUUGGAGGACAAACAGGUCAAAAACGAUAACUGUAACACAGAGGAGAGAAGACGAAGCGGCUCUUCGUGCAUCUGCAAAGCGUCGGAGGGCGAGAAGCAGUGUGAACUGCUGCCGAUGGCUGAAGAGGUUAACAACAGCAUUCAGGCACGAGAGUCUCAUGUGUUGCUGCGGAUCCUCGAGGAGCUGAAGGAGCUGCAGAAAACUCUCAAUCUGCACCUCAACUGCAGACAGGAAGUCUGCAAGUUCGGCCGGUGGGCGGCAAGAAUCAACAGAGCUUUCUUCAUUUUCUACGUCACCACUGUGUCUCUGUUUCUAUGCCUCAUCUUCAUCGAGUGGAACUCUUAGAAAUGCAAAGUAACAUUUCGAUUUUCUGUAUUGUACCUCUGUGUCAACAUGUGAUGUCUUAAAGCUGCAUUAACAAUCAAACCGUUAUUGAAAGCUUCAUCCAAUGUGGAAAACUUCACAGCCACUCAUUCACAGUAAAAACUAAAUGUUUGAAAUUAAAAAAAGAGACCUGGAAAAGAGAGUGGAAUCUUUUGACAU